ACACAACAGAGAUAAAUAGUAGAGAAACAAAGUCAAGCUUUAUCCAGAGAAUUUUCUGAUUGGACACUGAAAACAUCGUGCUGGACGAUGCUGGAGGAUGACCGAACGGAUGUAUCUUCUCAAUUACGCAGGAGGAGGAGGAGUGACACCCUUCAUAAUGAACUGUGUGGUGAUUCUUUUAUUGAUAUCAAGGUGCUUCACCUGGUCUUCAGCUUUAUAUACCCCUGAGAGAGCAGCUUCCAAGAAACUAAAGUAUCUUCUUGAGCCGCCUGUGUCUGCAGACGUCACUGGUCAAAGAGGAGAUAAUGUCACCUUACCAUGUAUCCUCAGAACCAAACCCAGCCAUUACAAGGUUAAAUGGACCAAAACUGAACCAGAGAAGGUUGGACCAGAAAAUAUUAUCAUGAUAUCCAAUGCACAUACAUUCAAGCCAUACGGCCAUCUUGGACAGCGAGCUUCUCUGCGGAAGGCUCAUGCCAUGGACGCCUCCCUGCAGCUCGGCCGUCUUGAGCUGGAAGAUGAAGGCACGUAUCGCUGUGAGCUGGUCAAUGGCAUUGAGGAUGAGAGCGUCACCAUUACUUUGAGGAUUGAAGGUGUGGUCUUCCCGUAUCAGAGUAAAGAUGGCCGUUACAGAUUCAAUUACCAAGAAGGAAAAGAGGCUUGUGCCGCGCAAGAUGGCACAUUAGCCACAUACAGCCAGCUUUACAGAGCUUGGACUGAGGGUUUGGACUGGUGCAAUGCAGGUUGGCUCCAUGAUGGCACUGUUCAUUAUCCGAUUAUUCACCCACGACCAGUUUGUGGAGGCGAGUUGCCUUCAGGCAUCCGCAGUUAUGGCCCAAAAGAUAAAAACAAUGAUCGGUUUGAUGCUUUUUGCUUCACUUCACAGACAUCUGGCUCCGUCUUCUACAUAGCGGGGGCUUUCUCCUUCGAACAGGCCGGACACACUUGUAAAAAUCAGGGAGCUGGGAUGGCAUUGGUUGGCCAGCUUUAUGCUGCCUGGCAUUUCCGUAAGUUUGACCAGUGCGAUGCCGGUUGGUUAAAAGAUGGCAGUGUUCGGUUUCCCAUCAGCAACCCCAGGGAGCGCUGUGGAGGUAUCCCAGAGGCAGGAGUACGGUCAUUUGGAUUCCCAGACAAGAACACACAUGUUUACGGGGUCUAUUGCUAUAGGUAAUCCAAGAGCAUGACUAAGAAAGAUAGAGAAACCUGAGAGACCACAAUACAUACAGCUUUAUAUACCAAAAGAUUGUCCCAAAUGAGAAAGUUUAUAUCUGAGGCUACAGACACUUUGCACUAUUGUUAUUUUCAACAUUAUAGUAAAGUAACUAUGACUGGGUAUAAUAAUGAUUAAAAAUAACUAAAAGAAUGAAAGUUCGUGGAAAGUUCAACAACUAGUAGAUUGCAGGCAAAUGUUAUAAAAUAAUGUUUAUAUGCACAAUCAUCUAUCACUAAGCCUUUAAUAAUAACAGCUCUGCAAACACAUCAUGUGUCUGUUUAACAUAACUCUGACUUGCUUUUAUAUGAGCAAAUUCUAAGGAGAAUAAACA